AAAAGAAGUUAAAGAAGGAACAAAGUUCAAGAGCAAAAAACCCUAGAAGAGAAAAGGGUUUUAGAAGCAGCAAAAUUGCAGAUUUUGGAAUUGAGAUUUGUAGAUUUGGACAAAUAAGGAAGAAUGGAUAAAGCCAUUAUAAAUCUGGACGAAGGUACAACAUGCACUGCGUGGAAUUAUUCGGGUCACAGGUUAGCUGCUGGUUCAACUGAUGGUACUUUGUCCGUCUUUGAUUCUACUGACCCGGCUUCAUCUGUUUUCAAUUCCUCUUCUAAAUUCAAGGUGCAUGAAUCCAGCAUUGUAAAAGUUGUUUGGGCUCCACCAGAAUAUGGAGAUGCAGUUGCGUGCAUUUGUGCUAAUGGAAGUUUGUUGUUGUGGGAGGAGGUAGUUGAAGAUUCAGAGCUGCUUCAGUGGAAGCUGUGCAAAUGCUUUGACAGAAUCUCAUCCCAAGUUCUGGAUGUUCAGUUUGGAGUCUCUCAGACAAGUCUGAAAUUGGUUGCUGCGUAUUCAGAUGGCCAAGUGAAAGUGUUUGAGCUCCUAGAUCCAUUUGAAUUGAAAAAUUGGCAGCUGCAGGCUGAAUUUCAGAAUGUCAUUGAAUCUGUAUCUAAAUUUGGAAAUGUCUCAUGCCGAUCGGCUUCUAUUGCUUGGAAUCCCUUAAAAGGAGAAAUCCAGCAAUCAAGCUUCGUUUUGGGUUUUGAUUCCGAUGUGCCACAAUUGAACUCCUCCAAGGUUUGGGAAUUCGAUCAGGAUCAUCAGAGAUGGCUUCCAGUUGCAGAAUUAGCUUUACCUGUAGAUAAAGGUGAUCCAGUCUCUACUGUUGCAUGGGCACCAAAUAUUGGAAGGCCGUACGAGCUAAUAGCAGUUGCUACUUGCAAGGAAAUUGCAUUAUGGCAUGUUGGAUCAAAUCCUGACUCUGAUGGAAGGCUCUCGGUGGAGAAGGUUGCAAUGCUCUCUACUCAUGACAGCAAGGUAUGGCAGAUGGAAUGGGACAUGAGUGGAAUGACACUUGCUACUACUGGGAGCGAUGGCGUAGUUCGCUUGUGGCAGUGCAACUUGAACGGGGUUUGGCAUGAACAAGCAAUAUUAGAGCCCACUAGCUAGGCUGCUUGUGUGAUUUUCGCAUUCAAGCUUCAACAAGAUUCAAGAACUCAGUGAAACACAAGAUUCUGUGGUUUAUCCAUGUAACCAAUUUGUCAUCAGGCAUAUCAUUUUGUAAAGCUAAGUGAGCCUUGCAUUGUAAGUGGGAAUCUGAAAAAUUCCCAAUAUGAUUUAUGUUUAUCUGAUAUAAUGGAACUGGUUUGAGCCCA